UAUUGUUCAUUCUUUAGUGUUUGCACAACAGCUACGUUGUGUUUUUCGAUUUUCAUUUCAAUUUAGACACAUUUUCUAAACAUCACCACCAAGUUUACUUGAAAGUAGCCUUUAAAGAACUGUUUCAUCAAAAUGCCGUGCCACAUUUACUUCGAGGACACCGUCGUAACGGAUAUCAAUAAUGUCUACGAUGUGGCGUCAUUGAAGUGCAAUAUUUCUCAAAAAUAUGGUGUACCCAGUGAAGAUUUGUUCGUUACUGUCAAUGGAAAGGCUGCUUCGAGUGAUUUCACGUUAGAAGACAUUGAUAAUGUGGUCAGGGUGUUCACGAAACUCGUCGGAGGGAAAGGUGGUUUUGGGUCAAUGUUACGUGCCAUCGGGGCCCAGAUUGAAAAAACCACAAAUCGCGAAGCCUGCCGGGAUCUAUCAGGGCGUCGUUUGAGGGAUAUUAACGAAGAGAAACGUCUCAGGAAGUGGUUGGAAGGGCAGGAAGAGAGAGAACGAGAGGCGGCCGAGCGAAAACAAAAGAAAAUUGAACGGCUUAUCGCGGAGCCAAAGAUUGACGUGAAUUUGCAUCCUAGUUACGAACGCGAGCGUCAGGAGUUGCCGGAGCGUGUAAGCGCGGCUUUAGAUGCUGGCUGGCAAGCGGCUGGGUCGUCAAAUGAGACUGGCCAGAAGAGAAAGCUUGUUGGAAAAAGUAAGGCUAAGAAGAAGAAACUAUGGAUUGACGCGGAUUUGUCAGACUGUUCUUCGUUAAGUGAGGAUGAGGAAGAGAAGGGAAGGAAAAGCCCGGCUCAGGCUGUGUCUACGGACAGCGGGAAUGAGUCUGACAAGGUCUCGGAAAGCAGUAAAGUGUAGAUUUCUGUCAGUGGUGGUACAUCAUAAUUUUUGUAAUAGUACCUGAAGCAUAUUUGGCUGUUUCCAAUACAAAUCAACUGGCUGAAAAUUAAAGCCAAUGAGAAUUGUUUUAUGGAUGCCAUUGUGUAUAUUGAUAUUUGUAAUACUAUGUUGAUAAAUAAGGCUAUUGCACUGUAAAGUUAAUUUUAAUUAUAUUGAAUAAAUUAGAUUAAGUGAAA